AUGCAGCAAGCGCCAGCCAAAUCCUCGCGACGCGCCGGCGAGAUUCCGGCCACGGACGUGAUGUCUCAUGAUCAGAUCAUCAUGACUCUGCAAGCUAAAGUCGAAAAGUUAGAACAGGAGAAAUCGGAGUGGGAGACAAAGGCUCAACUGGCUAUCGCUGACCGUGAUCCAAUCGAGGCACUUGAACAAACCAUUGCGCAAUUAGUGACGGAACGGUCACCCAACACAGCCCAAAGCGCAGGUUCGAAUAAUCCCUUUGCAUCGUACCGAAACAGUGCCACGACACCAACACCAGCCGGUCCUUGUGGCCAACGACUUGUGGAUACAAGUAUUGCUCAAGAGCUAGUGGAAUCAAGUCCUGUCAUGGCCGACCAAAGCUCACCAAGGCCAGUAUUACAACCACCCACAUUGUCGAUCGGUCAGGCCUUUACACAACCUGUAGAAGGCAAUCAAGAAGAAACUCAAAGAGUCUCAUUCAGCACCUUUAGACGAGAACAUACCGAAAAGCCCAAUUGCACUUGA